CCCUGCCGCUGCCGCACUAUCUCCCACCUCGGGAUCCUCCCCAAAUCCAAAAGUUCCCCUCGAGUUCCCAACCAGAUCCACUCCUCCUUCCCUGUAGCUCCUCCUCUGCUUUCUCCUCGAACCCGUAGCAGCAGCGGAGCAGGAGCCCUCGCACCCGAGCCUCACCGACCCUGCAGGCUGCGCCCUCCGGCGACCCCGCCGCCGGCGAUCACGGCGAGGACCAGCCUUCUCCUGCUCCUCUCCUCCCUGUCUCUUUUCCUGCCCGUGCUUCUCUCUCACAGCUCCCUCUCACAGGAACGAUGCCAUGGCCUCCCUUUUCCCCCGACUCCUUCACCUCUCUCUCCUCUUCAGGAACUCCACGAUGCCGCCGCAGACCUUGCCAUGGAGCCGCUGGAUGCCGCCCUUUGCAGCACCGUCGCCAAGACCGUGGGCCACCGCAUUCGAAGAUGGUCGGACCUGCCCCAGCCCGACAGCUUGUGCCUCUCCGCGUCCUCCCCAUCCUGCCGCUGCCGCGUCCGGCAUCCUCGUCUUCGCGCCGCCGCCUCUGUUGUUCCGCUCGACUGCUGCCUAAAGUCGCUGGAACACCGACGCCCCGAACUAGCAUCAUGGAGACGCCACCAUCGCCUCCUCCACCGGAUCUCCUUCACUCCGCCACCCAGCCGCCGGAUCUGCCCGUUUCGGACGGUUCCCGCCCGGCGCCGCGUCGAACCCAUGCCUCCUCCGCUGCUGUUCUUCUUCAGCGAGAUGCAGCAGCGCUGCAUCGAGCGCUUGACCACCACACACGUGGGUCACGAGCUGGGCUCCAGAUCAGGCCCAACGUGCCUCCUCCCCACCGACUUGGGCUUGGCCCAUGGUGAGGGCACCCCGUGCCCCUCCUUUUUCCCCUCCUGUUGGGCUAGGCUGCCAGUUUGGGCCUGUAUAGUUUUUUUAGGCUGUGUGAAUUUCUGUAAUAUUCCAGUGUAAAACAGUUUUACAGAAAUGCCAUUUUCUUGCAUUGCUCAUAAUUAAAUAACCGUGCACCGGAUUAAAAU